AUGAAAUUAAUCACUGCACUAAAUCUUGUCCAUGGAGUUAUCGCCUUCAAUUUCCAAUUUGACCUACAGUCACCUCUUCAAACUGUACUAAAACAUGAAUCACCACCAAAUAUCCUCUUCGUCAUCACUGAUGAUCAAGAUCUCCAACUGGACUCCAUUUCUUACACUCCCUUCAUCUCCAAACAUAUUCGUGACCAGGGUACCUUUUUCCGAAACCAUUUUGUCACUACAGCCUUAUGUUGUCCAUCGCGUGUGAGUUUAUGGACCGGUCGCCAAGCACACAAUACAAAUGUAACCAAUGUCAGUCCGCCAUAUGGCGGAUAUCCCAAAUUUGUUGAGCGUGGUUUCAAUGAUGAUUUCCUCCCGCUGUGGUUACAAGCUGCGGGUUAUGAUACUUAUUACACCGGCAAAAUGUUCAACGCACAUACUGUUGAGAACUACCACAGUCCCCACAUCAAUGGAUUCAAUGCAUCUGAUUUCCUUCUCGACCCUUAUACAUAUUCUUAUCUUAAUUCCACUUACCAGCGAAAUCAUGAACCACCGAUCAGCCAUGAGGGUGAACAUACGAUCGAUGUGAUUACGGGAAAAGCAUUAGGUUUCCUUGAAGAUGCACUGGCUGGUGAGAGACCCUUCUUCUUGGCUGUGGCGCCAGUCGCGCCGCACUCGAAUAUUGAUCUGGCCGAUGUUGCUGCGGGCAAGAUUUACAUGUCUGCCCCCAUCCCCCUCGAACGACAUGAGAAUUUGUUCCAAGAUGUCACGGUACCUCGCACAGCGAACUUCAAUCCGGACCAGCCAAGUGGAGUUAGCUGGGUUCGUGAUUUACCCCUGCAGAAUCAGUCGGUGAUCGAAUAUAACGAUCACUUUUAUCGUUCGCGUCUGCGCGCUCUACAGGGUGUUGAUGAAUUGGUGGAUGGCCUUGUCACCCGGCUGGAAGAGAGCGGUCAGCUGGAUAAUACUUACAUUAUCUACACUUCGGAUAAUGGGUUUCACAUUGGCCAGCAUAGACUGCCGCCCGGAAAGACGUGUGGAUUCGAGGAGGAUAUUCGUGUUCCCUUGUUUAUUCGUGGACCCGGUGUUGCCAAGGGAUAUGUGCAGGAUGCUGUGACCACUCAUGUGGACAUGGCGCCGACCUUUUUUCAUCUUGCAGGCAUUCCAGCAAGGGAUGAUUUCGACGGUACUGCGAUUCCUCUGACCCCUGAGUUUGAUGGUCGGCGGCAUGAACAUGUUACAGUGGAAUACUGGGGCUCUGCUGUCGUGGAGGGUGUCUAUAGCGGUAUUGGCCCCGGAGGCUCAACUCUCAUCCCGAAUAACACAUACAAAUCCGUCCGCUUACUCGGAGAGGGUUACAAUCUGUAUUACUCAGUCUGGUGCAACAAUGAACACGAGUUGUACGAUCUGUCGACCGACCCGUACCAGCUAAAUAAUCUGUAUCCGACCACCCUGGUUGAUGUCAAUGAGCCUAAAAUUUUAGGUCGCAGUUUAACCCAGGCUAUCAAUCGACUGGACGCUAUUUUGAUGGUUCUCAAGUCUUGCCAGGGUGUGACUUGCAUCCGGCCAUGGGAUGUCCUUCAACCGGUAGAUGCAGUGAGCACAUUUCACGAUGCUCUGGAUGAGAAAUAUGAUGGAUUUUAUGGCGCACAGCCCCGGGUCUCAUUUGACUGGUGUGAUGCAGGUUAUAUCGUUGAAGCUGAGGGGCCGCAGGUGCCAUUGACUAGUCAACACGGCGUGUCUUGGGAUGCGUGGGUCAUGUCAGAUCAAGGUAUCUUUGAUGAGAAGUACAAGAUAGCCGAGCAGGUCAUUGACUCACCUCCAAGUGAGCUUGACCAUGGUAUUGUUAAAGACUGGGAUGGUGAAGAAUCCGCCGUUCGACGGAAAGUCGACUUUAUUCUCCUUCCUAUUCUCGCAGUCGCUUUCUUCGCCUUACAAAUGGAUCGCGGCAAUAUCAGCGCCGUUUUGACAUCGAGUAUCACAAAAGACCUCAAUAUUACAACAAAUCAAAUUAAUGUCGGAUCACAACUACUCUCCGCUGGUAUUGUUCUAUCUGAGAUCCCGUCGAAUAUCAUUAUGCAGCGAAUUGGACCCCGCGUCUGGUUAUCAGGUCAGUUAUUCGCAUGGGGGUUGGUUGCGACCUUCCAGGCCUUUGUUAACUCGUAUCCUGCGUAUCUGGUUACGAGGAUUCUGCUGGGAUUUUGUGAAGGUGGUUUUAUUCCUGGCGCUUUAUAUUACCUCUCCACUUGGUAUAAGAAAGACGAGACUAGUCUCCGCACCAGUCUGUUUUUCUACGGGCAGAUGUUCGCAUCGGCUACAUCGAGCUUGAUAUCCGCUGGUCUACUUCAGUUGCAUGGGACGCAUGGUAUGGAAGGGUGGAGAUGGAUCUUCCUGGUGGAGGGCCUGAUAACCCUUUUUAUCGCAAUUGUAUUCACUCUCCUCGUGCCAGCAUCGGUCGGAGACGGCCGUCCAUUGCUUUCCUUUGGCCGCUGGAGUUACUUUACCGAGCGCGAAUCAUACAUUAUUCGCAACCGGGUUCUACUAGAUGACCCUCUGAAAGCUACAGGUCAUAUUCAGAUUUCAGGCUCUGAUAUUUGGCACACCGUUAAGCAGCCGCGCAUCCUGCAACAUGUGUUCGUGACUUUGGUGUCCAUGUCUGGUUUCUCGGGUUUGACCCAAUACACACCCAGUAUGAUCAAAGGGCUGGGCUUCGGUGCUGUCAAGGCCAACGCCUUAGCUUCGGUUCCUGUCUACUGUAGUAUGAUUUGGCUGGUCGUUCUGUCUUUUGCCGCUGACAAAACCAGACACCGUGGUCCUUUUGUGCUCUUGGCUAUCACUUGGAAUGUGAUUUCCUACACUUGUCUCCGUACAAGUAACCCCCAUGCUUCACAAUGGCAACGGUAUGGAGUUAUUGCGGUCGCAAAUGUAUCCUAUUGCAGCAUGCACAUUCUCAAUGUUGGCUGGCUUUCCUUCUACUGCCGCACACCCCAAGAAAGAAGUGUUGCUAUGGCAUUGGUGGUCAUGGCUGCUAACUGUGCUGGUAUCGCUGGCUCACAGAUCUUCCGCACUUCGGAUGCUCCAAAAUACUUGCAUGGUCUCACAGCAAUUAGUUGCCUUGCUGGUACCUCAUGGAUUCUCACCGCUAUACUAUGUGUUCAAUAUUAUUUCCGAAAAGCGGUUGCUUCGGGAGAGGCAAAAGUGUGA